AUGAAUCAUACUAUAAUCCUAAUUCGGAGAUGGCUGAUGCAUACAAAGGUAUGGAGAUUUGUUGCCUUUGUUUCAGCAGUUGUUGGACUGGUUUGUUAUGCUCUCAGCUCUUCCUUCAACCAUCUAUUUGGAAAUUGGAAUUUGUGGAAGAUUAUUCUUUACACAAUUUUCGGCUUCAUCAUCAGCUUCAUGAUAUUGUAUGCAAAUUUAUGGAACCGCUCAAGAAGUCUUCGCUUCAAAGCUCAUACGGCUUUUCUGGUAUUGACAAUCACCUCUGUCUAUACCUUUUUCUUCGAUAAAGUAGUGAAUGGAAAACCAGAUGCAUAUAGCUUGAUUUCAUGUGCUGCUUUUUCUAUCAUGUCGAUGAGUUUGUCGAGGCAAUCUCAGUGCGGAUUCGAAGUGGAUCUUCUUUACUUUUUUCUCGGAUGUCUAACUGUGUUACUCAUGAAGAUUAAAUUGCCGUUAGUCUUUGUUGGAGCAGGUUUCAGCUAUUCUCUUAUUAUUAUUCGUUCUUAUUUAUCUUCCAUAAAUAACAUAGUCGAAAAUGAGUAUUUUGGACUCCAAGGUGAAAAUUCAGUAAUCAUUGAAAUGGAUUCACUAAUAAGGCCUAGUAAUGAUUUUUCUGUAAUGAUGCAAAACCUUAUGACUUGUACUACUGCAAUUCAUCAGGAAAUUUCAAAUCUCAUUAACAGGCAUAUAAAGGAAUACAUUCAAGAUAGGAGUAAAUCAUUUUCUAGGUUUGAUUUCGUGAUGGAUGCUCUUCUGUUAUCAAAGAUGCAUAAUCUUCAUGAAAUUGUGAAGUUGAUGAUAGGUGCUGGAUAUGAGAAAGAGUGUUCUCGUGCGUACAGUAAUUGGCGGAAGGUAUUUUUGCAGGAGUGUCUGAUAAAUAAAAUAUUUGUGUUGCAGGAUGCAAAGAUCAACAUCGAGAAUGACCGUAAAAGGGAACAAUAUGUAGAUACCAUGAUGGGAAGAUUGAUGACUGCUUUGGAUGUAACUAUGACAUGCUUGUUUCCCAUUGAAAAACAGCUCUGUGAUCGUGUCUUCUCGGGGUUCUCAACCACUGGUUCUAAUUGUUUCAUUGAGGUAUGCCAAUUAGCAACGUUUCAGCUGCUGAAUUUGGCAAAUUCAGUUGGUUCUGGGAGCCCUUCAAAAUCGUGUUUGCUCAAAAAACUCGACAUAUUUAAGCAGUUACAUAGUCUAAUUCCGAAAUUCGAAUCUUUGUUUCCAGAUUCGACAUUACUGUACCAAGCCAUCAAAGUUAAGAAUAAAUUAGGAGAAGCUAGCAGAGACCUUUUCAAGGACAUGCAUAAUUUUAUUUUCAAAGUCCCAGAAGCAGAUCUAGUUGAUUCAUCUUAUGGCCAACGUCAUCAAAUGACUAUCGAGGUCAUGAGCUACGUGACUUCUGUUUGCAGGUCAAAGCGGACGCUGGAACAAAUUUUACACGAGUACUCCAAGGUUGACAAUGAAGUGGAAGCAUCAUCUUUCUUCGUGAAGCAGGUAGAACAGAUAAUAGGGAUGUUAGAAAAAAAAUUGAUAUAUGAGUCCGAAAACUACAAAGACCUUGCUUUGCGCCAUAUUUUCAUGCUAAAUAAUAGGUCGCACAUAGAAGCUGUGAACAAAAUCUGGGAAUUGGAAACAAUUUUGGGCAAUGAGUGGUUCCAAAAUAACAUAGAAAAAAUCCAUAAAAACCAUGAGCUAUAUAAAGGAAGCUCAUGGAACAAGGUGGUGGACUUUCUGAAGCUCGAGAACAAUGAAAAUACUACAGAAGAGUUAUUGAAAGAGAAGAUUCAUUUGUUCAACAGUCACUUUGAAGAUAUAUGCAGAGUUCAGUCCGUAUGGUCUGUAUAUGACAAUAAGCUAAGGGAAGAAAUAAUAUCGUCCGUGGGAAAAAUCCUAUUGCCAGCAUAUGGAAUCUUUGUUGGGAGGCUCCAGGAUAUUCUUGGUAACCAAGCUUAUAAGUACAUUAAAUAUGAACUGUUUGAAAUUCAAGAUCUACUCAACCAUUUGUUUCUGGGAAACCAAAAUAUAUGAAUCAGAAUAUAGAUAAAACAUGAUGUGUUUAUUUUUAUUUUGCAUCUAUGAUUUAGAUCGACUUGAUUCAAUUCCUUUCAGAAUAUAUCUUUUGUUUUAUGUGUUAACGAUAUAGAUAGUUAGUUAAACAACUAGAGUUAGUUGAUAGGUUACCAAGUUGGUUAGGUGAUUAGAAAGUUAGUUAGGGAGUUAGUUACUCCAAGUAGCUCUAUAAAUAGGCCACUCCAUUGUACAUUUUACUCAUUCUUUUAUCGAUCUAUAUUCUUUCAAUAUGAAUUCUUAUGAGUAUUUUCCUCAUGAA